CUGCUAAUUCGCAGUCGACUUCAUAUUUAAUAUAUCACCUCCAUUGUCUCUUACAGACCGACUACCGAUCGUCGCGAGGAUAAGUCGACCUCUCAGCCAAACCGCAUUGCUUGACGUCUAUCAAUCACUUAUCGCACCUCUGGACACGACAACGUCAAAAUGAAGCCCGUUGUAUCGGUUCUAAAUGCCUGGUCCUGCGUGGUCAUCUCCGCCUUCGCAAUUGUCAUUCUGUCCAUCCUCGGAUCGUUAUACAAGAGCGAACACCAUGGAUUCGUCGGAUCGGAAAACGACCCCGAAGAUGGCGGUGCAGUUGCUGCUUCGAUUUUCACCGCGGUGGUCAUAUACGCUUGUUUCUUCGUUUUCUGUGCCUUCCAGGCUUACCUGCACACGAGAAGUCGCCGGGGAGGUGCUAUAUCGCUAAGCUAGACAAUUUAUUAUAUAUUCCUCGCAAGAAAACAUGGAACUCGCCAUUUGAUUUAUGUCCGCUUUAUGAAACAAAGGGAUAUGUCAAGUGCCUCUGUGGACGCUCAUGAAUGUGUGUAUCUCU